GCUGGAGCUCAUUAAGAAAACGCCUGAGUACAAAGGCCUACAUCGCAGUUCCGUGCUUCCUGGAACUUGGGCGGACAGAGCUGUAGCUACUUUCUCCUUUGACUGACAGCCAUCCCCAGCUGUCCAGGAAGAAUUUGCAGUCUGAAUUUUGCAUCGCCUGUGCAAUAACAGAAGUGCAGCUUUGUGCUGACUGAGCAGUAACAUUUUAUCUGGAGCACUACUCUGAUUUCUGACACUAAUGGCCUUAAACAAAAUGGAGGAUUUUAAAUUUGAUGGAACAACACGCCUACCUGUCGCUUAUGUGGAGGGGAUUUUACAACCCACACCUACCUGUGACAUCUGGGACCAGAUCUGGAAUUUCCAAGCCAAGUCUGAUGAUCUGCUUAUUGCCACCUAUCCUAAAGCAGGAACAACAUGGACUCAGGAGAUAGUGGACUUAAUACAAAAUGAAGGGGAUGUUGACAAAAGUCAAAGAGCACCUAUUCAUGUACGAAUUCCUUUCAUUGAAUGGAUAAUCCCAUCCAUUGGAUCUGGUUUGGAAAGAGCUAAUGAAAUGCCCUCACCACGGACCCUGAAAACACAUCUUCCCAUCCAUUUGCUGCCACCAUCCUUCAUAGAAAAAAACUGCAAGAUAAUCUAUGUGGCAAGAAAUCCAAAGGACAAUAUGGUGUCUUAUUACCAUUUCCAAAGAAUGAAUAAAUCUCUUCCUGCUCCAGGAACCUGGGAAGAGUAUUUUGAGAAUUUUCUGGCUGGGAAAGUAUGCUGGGGUUCUUGGUAUGACCACGUGAAAGGAUGGUGGAAAGCCAAAGACCAACACCGCAUUCUCUACCUCUUCUAUGAGGACCUGAAGAAGAAUACAAAGCAUGAAAUUCAGAAGGUGGCAGAGUUUAUUGGAAAAAACCUAGAUGAUGAAAUCCUAGAUAAAAUUGUCCAUCACACUUCAUUUGAUGUUAUGAAGGAGAAUCCAAUGUCAAACUAUUCAUCAGUUCCUGCUAAAAUCAUGAACCACUCUGUGUCUCCAUUCAUGAGAAAAGGGAUAGUUGGAGACUGGAAGAAUCACUUUACCGUGGCUCAGAAUGAAAGAUUUAAUGAAGACUACAAGAAGAAAAUGGCUGAUACCAAUCUAACUUUUCACUUCCAAUUCUCAUAAAAAAGAAAAGAACCAACAUUUUUUUAGUUUGUUACUUAAUUUACUGGUAAUAACCAAUAAAACUUUAUUACCCACAUGAUACUAAAUUCAGAUUCUCAGACUAGCUGUGUAUUAUAUUUGCUCUUGCUCACUCUAAAAAAAAUAGGAAUAAAGCUAGCAGAGAUUGAGCACAAGGUAGAAAGUGGAAGCAUGAUAGCAUGUGGAGGAAGAAGGUUCAAUAAUUACUAAUUACAAUCAUGGCAUCAUCGCUGAUUAUCAUAAUAUUUAUGUUUUCGACAGGUCAUGUGUUUGUUGACAUACUAGAAAUGUCUCAUUCCUUGUGUAAGAAAACACUAAAGCUUUCAAAGUAAGCAUUGGUUCAGGCUAAUUUUUCAAUGCAGCACUAAAAUAUGUAGAUAGUGACUAUCUCUCCCAGAAAUUUCUUGGUAGUCAAGUAACCAUCAAGUGACUGUUUCCUCAUAAAACUUUCUGAUUCACUUCAGUGUUCCUCCUAUAAUACAUCUAUGCCUAUCUCUUACCACAUCAUAUAUACUUAACUCUUUUUCUCACCCCAGUUAAUGCCGAUUGAGUCUUGGAGUCACAUCUUGACUCUUUACGUCUAUGGAGUCUUGUUCGUGUAGCCACCCUUCUGGCUCAGAAACAUGUAACCUCUUGCCCAUACUAGUAUAAGCUUCAUAACUCGUUUCUCUGUCUCUCACACAUCUACCAGGGUUACUUUCCUAAAACAAAAUUUCAUUAUAUUUCUCUUUAGCUCUAAAUCCUAUGUUUUUUUAGCCAUCAAUUCAAAGGGAGCUAUAAUGAUAUGAUAUGGUAGAUCUCACCUUCCAAAACACUUUUCUAGCUUAAUUUCACCUUCUAAACCACUUCCAUACUUCAGCAAAUAAGUCUACUCACUGAGUCCUAAUCACAUCUUGCAGGUUCCUAUCCUACUAGUUUUAUUUUUACCAUGCCUCCAUCUGAAAUUUCCUUUCCUUUCUUUCUACCUAUCCAAAAUAUAUAACAUGCUUCAAUAACCAGUGCAAGUAGUUCAUUAUCCUGAAGAUAGCAUUUGCUUUUCUGAAGUCCUCUACACUUGGUAUAAUUCAUUUGUCAUUAAAAUUAAAGUAUAUUGUAUCUCUUGUAUGUAUAUAUUCUCUUAAAAGACAAUUAAAAUUUUUAAAUUUAUUAAAA